CGCCGGCCCAUUUUUUCCAACAUCCUAUUUAGGAAAGUUUAAUCUUCUUAAAAACAACACAUUCUUGGAAACCUCGCUCACCACAGAACUAGUACAACCUAUUGGCUGCUGUCCAAAAAGCAAUUCAACUGAUCAUUUCAAUAGUCUUAUUUGUGAUCAACUCAAAAUCUUGAUUAACUGAUCAAGAAUGGCAUCAAAAGAACCAAUUAUCAUCACAGAAAAAGAUGAGAUGAGAAAAUGGACAAGAACAAUGAGAGCACAAGGCCAUACAAUUGGCUUUGUACCGACUAUGGGUUAUCUCCAUGAAGGUCAUCUUUCUUUAAUUCAAGAAGCAUAUAAACAUGCUGACAUUAUAGUUGUGUCCAUUUAUGUUAAUCCAGGUCAAUUCUCACCAAAUGAAGAUCUUUCAACAUACCCUUCUGAUUUUGAAGGUGAUUUUCAGAAACUUAAGUCUGUUGGUAAUGGUGUUGAUGUUGUAUUUUGUCCCAAUAAUCUUUAUGAUUAUGGGAAUUCUCAAACUGGAAAUGGGUCUGAGAGAAAUCAAGAAAAGGUUGUAUCUUGUGUUGAAGAUAAGAGAAUGGGACAUGAAACUUGGGUUAGAGUUGAAAAUUUGGAAAAGGGGUUGUGUGGGAAGAGUAGACCUGUUUUCUUUAGAGGGGUUGCUACUGUUGUAACCAAGUUGUUUAAUAUAGUUGAACCUGAUGUUGCUGUUUUUGGCAAGAAGGAUUAUCAGCAAUGGAAGAUUAUUCAGAGAAUGGUCCGAGAUCUUGAUUUUGGGAUAACGGUGAUUGGUUCUGAAAUAGUACGAGAGGUUGAUGGCCUCGCAAUGAGUUCCCGUAAUGUGAAACUUUCACCUGAGAACAGACAAAGGGCUUUGUCGAUUAGUCGUGCGCUGUCUAUAUCCAAAUUUCAAGCAGAAAAAGGACAGGUCAACUGCAGAGAGCUGAUAAAUCCAGCCAUUCAACUCAUAAGUGAAGCCGGUGGAACGGUUGAUUAUGCUGAGAUUGUGGAGCAAGAAAGUUUAGAGCCGGUGGAAACAAUCGAGAGACCUGUUGUAUUUUGUGUAGCGGCAUGGUUUGGAGAGGUCAGGCUCGUUGACAACAUGGAAAUACGUAUAAAUUGAGAGGCAUGGAGCCACUGAACAUACAAUCACCCUGGUUUGCAAGAAGCUUUGCAGUAUGUAGAAGCCAUCCGAAAAUGACUUUUCUCAAAGAAAGUCAACUGAAGAAGAAAUGGCUCUAAGAAGAAUCAUCUUUCCAACUGCAUGUAGACUAGUCUAUUCAUGCUGCUCUAGUAUAGUCUGUCUUUCUUUUUGAUGAUGCGAACUAGAAUCAC